AUCAGCAAAAAAUGAAAACGGCAGCGCCUGCAGCGCCGGUGUCGCCCCUAGCGGCUUCUCCCGAAGCAUUUCCCGGGCCUUCCCGGCCUCUCCCUCCCUUCCCUGCCUGCAACCAAGGCAACCAGGGUCACAGCCAUGCGCGGCCAUGUAUCCGUGCGUGCUCGCAUCUAAAGAUACGGUGUCAAAAUAGGGAAGAUGCGACUGAUGCUGGUGGGAGCAACCUACGAGUGCAAAUGUUGGCUGUAGGCUUUGACUUUCUGUUUGAUUCGUUUUUGCCCGGCUACUCAACUCCGAAGGGCACCGCGCACGAAGCUCUCCUCUUGUUUGAUCUCAUCAAUAUGCUAGGGUGCCUUGGCUGGUUCUUCGUUUACGCCUAAAGCGGUAGCCUGUUGACUUAAGGCACUGACCUCGUAGUUAAUAGUUAUGAUUUGUUUCAUAGCCAUGUUGUGCACGUUUUACUGCGCAUAGACGUGCGUCAGUCACCUCUGCCUAGCGCUUGGCUGUAGCCUUGAAGCGCUUCGAGGGCUGCUAUGAAGAGAGACAUCCUGCAGACCCGCUGUGCUCACUUUUUGGGAGUAUGCCAGGUACUUGUCGACUGUGGUGUGAAGACCACGAAAGGUGGUGAAUGGAGUCGCCAAAAUGGAUGGAGUCUGCCUCUGCAUCCGCUGCAGCUUGUGGCCUGGUUUUUUCUCGCAUACUUUUUGGUCAUGUAUUUUGCUGUUCUCGUGCCCAGCUGUCCAACCGGAGGCUGGCAGAUUGGCCUAUCACUUGUGAAUGCAGCUGUUGGCAUUGUUCAUGUAGUGUCCCACAUUUUGAGUGUUACCAUCGACCCAGCAGAUGCCAAUGUGCGGGCUAAAAAUAUUAAAGGUCCACUUCCUCAAUUUGAUCGAAGCAAGCAUGCUCACGUGAUUGAGAAUCAGUUCUGCUACAUCUGUGAAGUAAAAGUGGAAAACCGAUCAAAACACUGCAGCAGUUGUAACAAGUGCAUCAAGAAAUUUGAUCAUCAUUGCAAAUGGCUGAACAACUGUGUUGGAUCAAGAAACUACAAAUACUUUGCCGUGUGUGUAGCCAGCGCUCUGAUGGCCUGCCUUCUGACUUUCCUGGUGUCUGCUGGGCUUAUUGUGGCAUACUUUGCAAAAGGUAGCCUAUUUAACCAUCCUGCAAUUCAACAAGGAAAUUCAACUGUCUCUGCAAUUGGCUCAGGGGAUGACUAUGCAGAUAAGACCAUCUGGCUCCUCAUGGUGGAAAUAUGUGCAGCACUCUCACUCCUUGCUAUUGCCCUUCUAAGCCACUUGCUCGGUUUUCACUUGUUUCUUGCAUUCAAAGGGCUAUCAACCUAUGAUUAUAUUGUUCUCAAGCGUAAUGCAUCGUUCCACGGAGGCACGCAAGCAGAAAAAAGAAACUUCUUCUUGAAGUGGUGCAAGCACAAGGUCAACCAGGUUUCACCCGUGCAGCAGAAAGCUUCCGCAGCUCAAAAAAGUGAUGCUGUUGACGUUGCUGGAAGAACAAGUGUCAAAAUCGACGUUCCCAAUGGUCAUGAAAAAAGUACCCGUGGUGGCUCAUUGCACUCACGAGAUGGGCAGCAAUCCAACAGCCCAUCACGACAGCGCUACGUCCUCCGAGAGAUACACAAGUCAAGGCUUAAGGUGGCUCGCAAGAACCGGGGCGGCAAGCUGAUGGAAGUGUCAGAGCAUGGCAGCCAUGCCGCUCCAGUUGUGGGGCUCGCCAAUCAGCAAGGGAUGACAACAUCACCUGCAAGGGCCCCUGAUCUCCGAACUAAGCUCGAUUCCAUCAGCCUGGCUGGCAUCACCUCAGCCAGCCGCUCGGUCUCCCAGUCAUCCUUGGACACUGAUGAUGCAGUCCAGGUUCCCGUGGCGGCCAAUGCAGCCUUAAGCCUGGGCACUUCUGCCUGUGGAGGAAGCCUUAGCAACUUGCUCUUUUCUGAAAAUGCUGUGUUGCCAGCAUCCACACCUGGAGAGUUGCUCAUAGAGCACCACUCAGAUUCGUACAAGGAGAGCCCACGGGAAGCUCGGCCGCAUGUCAGGGCCUUGCCACCCCUUGCCAAACGCGUAGUAGCUCCACCUGCUGCUGCUGCUACAACAGUGUCCAGCGCUGAUGCGGAGGGUGAAGUGUUCACCCUGUCAUCUCGAUUGCCUGAAACGCCGGAUGGUGAUCCCCAGCGCUGGGCUGUCAGGUCAGCUUCCAUUCCUUGUGGUAAGACAUUUGAAGUGUCUGCUGAUAUCGUUACAGAGCCCCGGUGAUAUUAGGUCACUCAGGAAAAAGCUAAAGGGUUGCUGUCACUCUCUUGUUUGCAUUCUCGUCAGCUGCUUCUUUGAACUGGAAUAGCUGAAGAGGCACAUGUUGCAUUCAGUCUGGUCUAAAGGCUAGCAUUGUUGUACACCUUCCACAAAAUUGUAAUGUUUUUAAUCUAUUGUAUUGUACAACACCGAAUGUGUAAACUGGCUUACGCAAAUUAAUUUGUUCCUGUUCACCUACUUUGCAUUGCAAUUACUGUGUGCACAAUUGCUGUUUGUUUCAUGGUAUUAAACCCUGUACAAGGAUGGUCAUUUUAAUGUCUGUGGAUACUUUACAUGUGGAACUUCCUUUGGACAUGCGUAUAUGUAUUUGUGUGUGUGUUUGUCUGGAUUUCAUGUUCUUGUAUAUUGUUGCACGCACAGAAAGUAAAUUAUGGGCAAUGUUUUAAAAUAUGUACAAGGUAAAUCUGUCUUUGUUGAUUCAGUCUUAUUUGUUAAAAUGCCAAAUUGAUAGUAUCAGCAUCAAGCUCAUUCAUCAUCAGAUCAUACAAUAGUCCUUGCUGGAGUCAGCAUUGUCACUUUAGGCUGAGAAUGACAGAAUCAUUUUAUGCCACUAUGUGUGACUUAUAGCGAUAUUAGCUUCCAUCACAAUAAUCCGUAAACAUUUUGAAUGAAACAGACGUGUGAACACUGCCGUGUUUACCUUAUUCAUUUUCUACAGUUAAAGUAGCCAUAGCUAUUCGAUUUUAUUUUUGUUCUUUUUCCUUGCACUGAAACCUCACUUGAACAAGCAUUUGCAAUUCACUGAAAAGUGCCAUUGGCACAUGUAAUUUGUUUCGCCUUACAUUUCACAAACUUGCGUCUGUUCUCAUCGGCUACUUAAAAUACUUGUACCCAGGUGUAGGGGCAGCAAUGCUACAUACAGGAUGCAUCACAUAAUGCAUAGUUACUUUAUUUUAAAAAGAUUAGAUUAAUCCAUAAUUGUGUUACCUCAAAAGGAUCCUGUUGUUCAGUUCACAUUUAUAAGGUUGUUUAAGUGGCAUUGUUGAUGUGGGGUUUAAGGAUGUAACUUACAUUCAUUGAAAUAAAUUUUCUUACUGCAUGCCUUGUAUGUUUAGACAGUUGAAGUUUGUAGAUUUGUGAAGCCUGUUAAGUGAAGUUUCAAGGCAUUAAGUACAAUUAGUAUUAUAGAGCAGUGAUCUGUAAGGCUAAUCUGUGCUGGAGUCCAAAAGGUGCACCUGCAGUUGAACCUUCUGAAAUACUUAACUAUAGAAGAACAACAUGCCCAACUGUGGUUCAAAGGAACAUGUUUUACUGCAGCACUUGUUGCAUAUAUUACUUUAUUGAUAUGUGUGUGUUUUUAUAAACCAUACGCAUUAUUGUACAUGUGUCAAAGGUAGAGCACAAUGCAUAAAAAUGCAUUUUAUACUAUGUGCCCUCAAGUAGUGACAUAAUAGAGUAACUAGUUUUGACACAAUGGACUUGCAAAGUUUUUAUGUCCUUUCUUUUGUGAAUCACCACAUGCUGUUUUGCAUAGUAACUCUCUCAGGCAAGUUGUUCUUGGUGUGCUGUUAGGGAAACAUUCCCCUUUUAACCUGUGCUAUGAAUUUAUAUUUUUUACUGUGCAUAUCAAGCUCUCUGCUCAUGUUCACCAUACAUUUUGUGCCAGCAUCACUACAGGUAAAUAGAAGUUGCAGUAAGCAACAUAUAUCUUCCAUCAUUUUAACUUAUUCCAAGUGUUUUGUAGUGUCUGAGAAUGGUUUUAACUUAAAAAGUGCUGCAUAAAAGUCAUAGUGGCAUGCAUUUUAUGUUUGCAUUAAAAAAAGAAAUGUUGCUCUGAAAGCCAGCUAGCAUUUGUUAUCUGAGCUAUUGAAGCUGUAAAUGUAGAGCACAGUGACAAUGUUUGAUACCCGCCGUGAUAGUGCAGUGGCUAUGCCGUUGCGCUGCUGUGCUCGAGGUCGCGGGUUCAAUCCUGGCUGCGACACCCACAUUCUGAUGGAGGCAAAAUGCAGAAACUCUUGUGUACUUAAAUUUCGGUGCACGUUAAAGUACCCCAGGUGGUCAAAUUCAUCCAGAGUUCCUCACUACGGCAUGCCUCAUAAUCAGAUUGUGAUUUUGGCCCGUAAAAUCCCAAAGUUAAUUCAAAUUUAACAAUGUUUGACUUCUUUUCAAUAAAGAAGCUAAAAUAUUUUGUUUACUCAAAUAUUAAGCAGUUACCUUUAUUUAGUUAAAUUUUAGCUAAAGUAUGCCAGCAGUAUGUAUGUUCUUUGGACCUCCAUGGCUGUGCAAAUUGCUGUAUUUCCCAUAAUAAACGUGUCAUUUCAAUGCAGAUAAUUUUUUCAGUCGUGGUUCAGUUUUACAUUUUCCUUUUGGAGUUUAUUUAGAAGUGCUGAAUUGAUUGGUUUGUUAAUUUUAAAAAGUUGAGCUGGCAUAGUAAAUAUCAGCUCUUGGUUCUGGUUCGAAAUGAUAUGCAAAACACCAAGUUCAUCGUUCGUGUAGAAUGUUUGAACAGACAAAAGUUUGCAGACCUUGGGAUUAAAAUAUAUAUAUAUAUAUAUAUAUAUAUAUAUAUUUACGCAAAAUCUACACACAGCCCAGAAUUCAACUGUACAUACUGGUGGUCCCAAAAGCAACUGAAGACAACAGCGCUUAUUAAUUCAAGGCUUCACUCUUACACUGCGAAGAAAUUUUCACAGGAUGUCAUGGUCUGUAAACUUUUGUUCGCAAUAGUACAUAUUUUCUUGGCAAUGAAUCUGAAGCAUUGUAUUUAUUGUUUGCAAUUGGUACACUUGUGAUUCUAUUGAUGCCAGCAUCUCCCCAGGAUUCAUGUGAUCAGCUCCGAUUCAAGUUAUGUAUACUCUAUGUAACUGCAGUUUAACUCUGCAUAAGCAAUGCUCCCUCUAGUCAUGGAUAAUAGAUACACGACCAGUUGUACAUAUAUAGUAUAUAUGUGCUGAGGACAGUGGCCCAACAUAUUUUUUUUCCAUUGUACUGCAUUCACACUAAUGGUGUCUCACUGUUUCAAGUCUCUUGUAAGACGUCUCUCUCUGUCUGUCUGCAUGUGAGCUAAGUCUCGUUUUGAUGGACUGCAUGUGUACUGCAUAUAUUCAGACGUAUGCCAUGCCUUUCACAUGCUGAAAUGUUAGACUUGCUCAGAACAAACGUGUUCAUCAAUAGGCGCGGUGAAUAUUGUUGAUCUUGUUGUUUUCUAUUCAUAGUGGGUGUGCAUAUAGAAUGUGUCCACUGUUGGAGUCAUACAGCUUAUUCUCAUAGCUCUAUUUUGCUGGAAACUGGUUCUCAGGCUAACAUAAUUUAUCAGAGACAUGAGAAAUAUAUAGAAAAUAUAUAAAAGUGCUUUUGUCUGCUCAGGCAUGCCAGUGCUACAAUAUAUUUACAAGCUUUACAAGCACAACUGCCCAUUCUUAAAUGACAUUUCUUUUCAAUCACUUUAGUUUAAGGUCUUUUAAUCAUUGUGAUUUGUGACAGUGCUGUGUUGUUUAGUGACAUUUACUUACACAUAGCACAUAAAUAUAUUUUUGUGUAUAGAUUGUGAUAUUUUUUAGUUAUUGUUCAUGAAGGAAAGGUAAGCUGCCUUUGAUGAAUAUCUGGUCUUAGUUUUGAGCCAAUGUGGGUAGCCAUAUUUUUGGAUGCCAUUUAUUGCCUCUCUGCGCUUCACUAAUGUUGUGUAACAGCACGGCACCAGCGUCAAAUAAAAAGUAAUGUUUGCAUGCUGAAACAUUCCUGUCCUGUCUUUAUUUGAAGGGUGCAGACUCAGAUGUCAAGCACCAACCUAGUGGAUAUCCUUUGGACAUCCCCGGUAGGGAUCUGGAUAUCCUGAGAUGUGCCAAAUUUGUCCAGUGGAUGCCCCUUUCUUGAUCGUUUGAUCGCAAUUUCCGCGUACUUUGGACAUCCCUUGCAUGUGCAUAAGGGACAUCAUGGGGACAUAUUAGGUUCAUUGCACAGACAUGUCAGGCCCUUUUGCACAAUGUUUAAUCGCUAU